AUGGCCGACGCGCCAUCAAAGCCCAAUCCGUCCCGCAAAAGUGCCUUUUCAGCUCCUACUUUAGCUUAUACAAAGCAAUUAGAGAGGCGAGUGGCAGAGCUAGAAGAUGCUCUGUCAAAACACUGCAGCCAGCAGACCCCAGAUGCUGCCGCAGGAACACCCUCAUCUGCCGCCUCGACGAACGAAGCCAGCCUGAAGUCUACGGUUUCAAAUCGUAAAGACGAUGAGGCCGACGAUGACCAGGAUCUGUCGAGGGACUUUGAAGGGCUCAAAGUCGAACAUGAUGGCCGAGUUUCCUUCCAUGGACCAACGAGUUUGUUUCAACUGCCAAGCGGUGCAUUGAAUCCCGCUAUAUCAAACUCCCAGCUUGCCGAGCAAGCGGUCAAUCGUAAAGAGAGACUCGUCAACAAUGCAUGGCGCGAGAGAGCGAUCGAGCAGAUGGCUACCAUGCCUGAGCCCUUCCAAUACCUUCUUGAUUCUCACUGGUGCUGGAUUCAGCCACUGUUCAAUUUUGUUUACAGACCGGCAUUUACUCGCGAUAUGAAACUCAACGGCCCUUACUAUUCUGACGCUCUGCUCCACGCAAUUCUCUCGCAUUCUGUUCGGUGGUGCAAAACUGAGCCUAGGAUCAGUCCUCUUUUGGAGCAAUAUGAGGGUGGGGCCGUAUUUUGGCAUCGUGCUGUGUCAGGGCUUCAUGACUCGCUAAGAGACGGCCAUGUGGAUAUACCUACUAUACAAACCAUGCUCCUCCUUAGUGCACGUGAAUGUGGGCAGGGAAACAGAACCCAGGCAUGGCUAUAUAGUGGGAUGGCAUUUCGAAUGCUAGAUGACCUGGGCAUCACAAUCGACAGCCGCAAGUACUCGGACUCCGCCCAGCUAAGCGAUGAGGAUAUCGAGAUCCGGAAUCGUCUUUUCUGGAGUUGUUACUUCUGGGACAAAAUGAUGUCUUUGUACUUCGGCAGGUCUCCGACAUUACAAAGCUCGCAAGGUUGCCCUCCCCGCACGAUUCUGGACGAUACAUCUGAGUCCGAGCCCUGGACCCCCCACGGGGUUGUUUUUCCCGACGGUUCCCAAUACCCUCCAACCCAGGCCCACUCCACCUCUUGUUUCAUAGAGAUGUGUGGAUUGAUGGAAAUUCUGAAUCAGAUUCUGGUUCAUAUCUACGACCACAGCCGCCAGAUCUCCGAGGCAGAGUUUCAUAGUUGCGUUCGCGAACAGUCCCGCAACCUCGGUGGAUGGUGGGACAAUUUGCCCGAACAUUUGAAACUCGUCCCAACAGAUCUACCUCCAUACUCUCCUCCCAGCCAUGUUGUAACGUUAAACUGCCUCUAUCACACUAUCAACAUCCUGACCCACCGGCCAAUUCUCUGUUCGAAAUGGAGCCGCGAGGCGUACGACAAAAGCCACUUAGUCCAUUGCAUGACGUCCGCAACUGCCAUUCUUUCCAUAUUUUCGAUGUACCGACGCACAUUUGGGGAAAGCCACAUCGUGCUCUCAAUCGCCUAUAGCGUGUAUACGGCCGCGUCGAUCUUCCUCCUUGAGAUCCAGGCGCUGAAACACGCGGCUCCGGGCACUCUGGAUAAAUUGAAAAUCUGCAUCUUUGCCUUAGAGGGAGUUAGAGUUUCUAGUCCUGUAAUUACCACCGCAUUGAGUCUCAUAUACCAAGAAAUUCAGCGUCUGCGCGUUGAUCACAAUAUUCCCCUUUCAAUCCCACAACAGAACGCACCGCAACCUCAAUUAUUACAACAACCGUCCGCAGCACAUCAUCAUUCUCCCGCUGAGCAAUAUCCUCUAAAUGGUAUACCACCAACGACUCAUCGCGUCUCCACACAUCAUAGAACCUCUUCCACAAUAUCCUAUGCGGACGUCGAUACUGGCGCAUCUGGCGGUCAAUUCUACCCAUACCAAUCAUCUCUCCAUGCAUCGGAGUUUGAGGCAGCCCAUCGUGGCCUUCCGCAAGUCGCAGUGACGCACGAUCUGCGCGGGUUACCGGACACUUUGAUGUCUUUAGAAAAUCCCGCUUCGUACGAGAUUACUCCCGAGGUAUUUGAGGCAUUUUCGUACGCGGAGCCCAUCACCACAAACAUGACGCCUGCGGAGGGAUAUGGAUGGGUUGGCCGGUCUUGA